UUGGGGGAAUGAGUCGUAGGGAGGCCAGUAAAAGUGGGGAGAAGUAUGACCCACGAGAGAGAAAAUGGAAAACUAUCGGUGACAUGAACAUUUGCCGCUGGGGUGCUGCGGUAGGUGCUUUGGGUCCAUUUCUUUACAUCUGUGGUGGUAGCGAUGAUGCAUCGCGGCUGGAGACUGUGGAAAGGUUCGAUCCGUUUUCUAAUGUCUGGGUACCGUCUGUCCCCAUGUCGUCGAGUCGUAAUGGUGUUGGGGUAACGGCAGGAAAUGGGAGAAUUUACGCUAUAGGUGAGUUUUAUAGAAGGAGUAGGAGUCCACUCACCGGUAGAUAGCGCAAUGCGUUUAAUUAACAUUUAUCCGUUGGAUAGCGAUUUAUCCUUAUGAUAGUUUUAUCCGUCCUUUGAACAACUGGGCCCUGAUUGAUAAAGUGAAAUAACUAAGAGACUAUUCUAUAGUAACACAGACGGUG